ACCCCAGAAACCCACCACAGAACCAGAGCAGCCAUGGCCGGCGCCGAGCAUCCGCUGCUCUCCACCGAGAUAGUCAACCGCGGCAUCGAGCCCUCCGGCCCCGACGCCGGCUCCCCGACAUUCUCCGUCCGCGUCCGCCGCCGUCUGCCGGACUUCCUGCAGUCCGUCAACCUCAGGCACGUCAAGUUGGGGUACCACUACCUCAUCAACCACGCCGUGUACGUGACCACCAUCCCCGUUCUGGUCCUCGUGUUCAGCGCAGAGAUCAGUAGCUUGAACAGGGAAGAGAUAUGGCGCCGCCUGUGGGUGGAAGCCCGCUACGAUCUCGCCACCGUCCUUGCGUUUGUCGGGAUGCUUGUCUUCAGCAUCUCCGGCUACUUCAUGUCCAGGCCCCGCCCGAUAUAUCUUGUUGACUUUGCCUGCUACAAGCCAUCAGAUGACCUCAAGAUGUCCAAGCAAGAAUUCAUCGAGCAAGCAAGAAAAUCAGGGAAGUUCGACGAGCCAAGCCUGGAGUUCCAGCAGCGCAUCCUCAAGUUCUCUGGCAUCGGCGACGAGACAUACGUGCCCAAGUCCGUCAUGGCGCCGGGAAACUGCGCCACCAUGAAGGAAGGGCGGGAGGAGGCUACGGCCGUCAUCUUCGGCGCGAUGGACGAACUGUUCGAGAAAACAAGAAUCCGGCCAAAGGACGUGGGCAUCCUGGUUGUGAACUGCAGCCUCUUCAACCCGACGCCCUCCCUGUCGGCCAUGAUCGUCAACCAUUACAAGAUGCGCAGCAACAUCAUCAGCUUCAACUUGGGAGGGAUGGGAUGCAGCGCCGGGAUCAUCGCCCUGGACCUGGCGCAGGACAUGCUUCAGUCCAACCCCAACAAUUAUGCUGUCGUCGUUAGCACCGAGAUGGUCACCUUCAACUGGUAUACCGGCCGGAACCGAUCCAUGAUGAUACCCAAUUGCUACUUCCGGAUGGGUUGCUCGGCCCUGCUGCUGUCCAACCGGCGCCGAGACCGGCGCCUAGCCAAGUACAAGCUUGAGCACAUAGUCCGCACACACAAGGGUGCUGAUGACCGGAGCUUUAGGUGUGUCAUCCAAGAAGAAGACGAGGAUCAGAAAAAGGGCCUCACGAUCAGCCGGGACCUGGUGGAGGUGGGCGGCCAAGCCCUCAAGGCCAACAUCACCACGCUGGGGCCGCUGGUGCUGCCAUUCUCCGAGCAGCUCAUCUUCUUCGCGACGCUCGCGACGCGCUUCCUGUUCGGCGCCGGCGAAGUCAGCAAGCCAUACAUUCCCGACUACAAGCUGGCCUUCGAGCACUUCUGCAUCCAGGCAGCGAGCAAGAGCGUGCUGGCCGAGCUGCAGAGGAACUUGGAGCUGACGGACGACAACCUGGAGGCCGCGCGGGCAACGCUGCACCGGUUCGGCAACACGUCCAGCAGCAGCAUUUGGUACGAGAUGGCCUACUUGGAGGCGAAGGAGAAGGUCCGGCGCGGCGACCGGGUGUGGCAGCUGGCCUUCGGCUCUGGGUUCAAGUGCAACAGCGCCGUGUGGCGCUCGCUGCGCCGGGUGAAGAAGCCCGCUAGGAACCCGUGGCUGGACUCCCUGGAGAGGUACCCAGCAGCUAUCAUGGAGUGAACUGAAACUAUGGCGCCAUUGUUACUUGAUUAAAUUUCCUUUUCAUGUGUUUAGAUAAGUUGUGAACAAAUGUGGGUUCACCGUUUUAAAAGGAUUCAGUGUGAUAUUUUAGUGUUGCAAGUAUGCAUGCAAGCAAGUGUACAUGCAUAUGAGCACACAAAAAGAUACUUAUGAUUAUUUGAUUGAAAGGAAUUUGAUGUUCUUCAGUUAAAAGCCAAUAAGUCUGUUUA